UUUCCUUUUGCCUUAAAAUGUCUAUACGUGCUUUCGCUAUUCGUAGUCAAUAUAGCAAGGCUAUUUUGAGUUCCCCGACUCACACUAGACUACUUCAUUCUUCCCGUUCAUGUUAUCACCAACAACAACAACAAAAGAAACCUUUGUUCAGUCGUUUAGCUAGCAGCUGGAACAACACAGAGACAAAAUGGUACCCUAUCCCAGUUGCUCUUGGUUUAGGUGUUAUUGGUAGCAUUCAAUACCUUCGAGUUAGAGAAAGGGAAGAUCGCCACGUUGAGCAUCCUAAAAAAUACGUUGCUUCCGGUCCUUGGCAAGUUCACGUAGCUGCUGCCUUGCCUUUAAGAUCAAUGUCUCGAUUAUGGGGUGCUUUCAAUUCAAUCAAUAUCCCUACUCCUUUACGUCCUAUGGGUUACAAACUGUAUAGUUGGAUCUUUGGUUGUAAUCUCGAAGAAAUGAAGAAUCCUGAUCUUUAUUCUUAUCCUAACCUGUCUGCAUUUUUCUACCGAGAACUAAAAGAAGGUGUUCGACCUAUCGCCAAUGCCCCUCUUGUAUCCCCUUCUGAUGGUAAAGUCUUGCAUUUUGGUAUAGUUCAAGGAAAGGAAAUCGAACAAAUCAAGGGUGUGACAUAUAAUUUGGACGCAUUGCUCGGUAAUGAUGACAGGCCUAUGUCACCUGUCGAUAAUGCCAUCCUUGGCAAUGAUGCUCAGUUAGUAGACGAGGAAGAAUUUGCUAAUGUGAACGGUAUUGAAUAUUCAUUGGGUGACAUGAUGAGUGAAGGCCACUCUGUGAAGACUGAAUCUGCCGUUGGUUCAGAUGGUUUGGCUACUUCAGAAAAGACAGAUCCCAAAGUAGAGCGUGAUUUGGCUAAACUGGCUGAUGUCAAGUCAGACAUGGACGAACAUAAAGUCAAGCCUGGCCAUGCCAUGUUCUUUUGCGUUGUGUAUUUAGCUCCUGGUGACUACCAUCGAUUCCAUUCACCUACCAAUUGGGUUGUGCAGACAAGAAGACAUUUUGCUGGUGAAUUGUUUAGUGUGUCGCCUUACUUUGUCAAUUUGUUGCAGAACUUGUUUGUCCUGAAUGAGCGUGUGGCUCUGUUGGGUAAAUGGAAACAUGGUUUCUUCUCUAUGAUACCUGUAGGCGCUACCAAUGUGGGAUCUAUCAAGAUCAAUUUUGAUGAAGCUCUCAAGACAAACCGUAAAGAAGAUCUUCCUUUAGGCACAUACACUGAAGUCACUUACAAGUCUGCUAGUAAGAUUUUGAAUGGUAAAGCAUUGCGUUUUGGUGAUGAAAUGGGUGGUUUCUAUUUAGGGUCCACUGUUGUUUUAGUCUUUGAAGCACCUACUUCAUUUAAAUUUAAUGUGACAUCUGGACAAAAGAUCAAAAUGGGUGAAGCAUUAGGCCAAAUUGAACCUUAAUUGUACAUAACAAAUAAAAAAAAAGGAGAAGAAGCAAACUCGAAUGUAAAGCAACAAAAAUUAAGGGGCUGAUCGAAUGCUCUCCUUAAUAGAAUCACAUC